GCUAGAGGUUGUUUUCUUUCUUCAUAUGCUAGCCUUAGCUUGAGCUAGACCAAAGUAAGUUCAAGUUCUAGUUUAUUCUCUCUCAAUGGCACUAGCCGAGGACCGUAUGGAUUCGGUUCAAACUUGCGCCCUUUAUGGAAAUGUGAUGGGGGAUCUUUCCUCUUUGGGGCCUAAUUAUGGAUUUGAUGAAGAGGGAGAUAGGAACUUUGAGAAAAAUAGUGGGCUUAUGAUCAAGAAUUUAGCUAUGAGCCCUUCUCCUCCUUCUCUUGGCAGUCCCAGCAGUGCAAAUUCUGGUGAACUAGUGUUUCAGGCUACUGACAAUCAAGUUGAGGAAGCUCAUUCUUUGAUCAACUUUAAAGGUACUGGAUUUGAUAGUAUCAUGCAUGCUAAUGGAUCUUUGAUUAGCUUUGAGCAAAGUAACAGGGUUUCUCAAACUAGUAGUCACAAAGAUGACUACUCUGCUUGGGAGGGUAAUUUGAGUUGCAAUUACCAGUGGAACCAAAUCAAUCCAAAAUGUAACGCAAAUCCUCGGUUGAUGGAAGAUCUUAAUUGCUAUCAAAGUGCAAGCAACUUCAACUCCAUAACCAACAGUGCUGAAAAGGAAAACCAUGGUGAUUGGUUAUACACUCAUGAAUCCACAAUUGUUACUGAUAGCAUUCCCGAUUCUGCAACACCAGAUGCCAGCAGCUUCCAUAAGCGUCCCAAUAUGGGAGAGAGUAUGCAGGCUUUAAAGAAGCAACGCGACAGUGCCACAAAAAAGCCGAAACCCAAGUCUGCUGGUCCAGCUAAGGAUCCACAAAGUAUUGCUGCCAAGAAUCGACGAGAGCGGAUUAGCGAGCGCCUUAAGAUGUUGCAGGAUUUAGUCCCUAACGGCUCCAAGGUUGAUUUGGUUACUAUGCUAGAGAAAGCCAUUAGUUAUGUUAAGUUUCUUCAAUUGCAAGUAAAGGUGUUGGCCACUGAUGAAUUCUGGCCAGUUCAAGGUGGUAAAGCUCCUGAUAUUUCUCAAGUAAAGGGAGCCAUUGAUGCCAUACUCUCAUCUCAGACUAAAGACAGAAAUUCAAACUCAAGCUCAAAGUGAUUGGUCCAAGAAAAUCCAAGAAGAAAAAAGAGAAGUGAUUUCCAUGUGAUUAUAUCAUGUGAAAACAAUUACUUCACAGGCAAAGAAAAAUCUUUGUUUUGGAAAUAGGCAACGCUGGAUUUUGUAGCAAAUAUUUCGUUUGUUUUCAUGUGGAGAUCUUGUAGACUUGUAAUCAAAUCUUAUUUUCAUGAUAAUGUAAUGAAAACUGUGACUGCAACCUUGCCCCAGUUUCUAAA